GUCUGCAAAUGUGAUUUUCUGUAGCCAUGGACAGCAACCGAGUUUACUCCCUCGAAAAAGCCUCCCUUUAUGUUAGGACAUUACUUUGAUUACAAAACUCACGUAUCUUCAUGAUUUGCCGCCAAAUCCAAAACCUCAUCCAACGGUCGAAAUCUACCACCCAUCUUCUUCAACUUCAGUCGCUGGUCGUCAAAACCGCUAUCGAUCAUGACGCCGAGUUCGUCUCUCAGUUUGUCCUUUCCGCUUGCCCGAUUUCGGUGGGUUUCACAAAAUUAGUGUUCGAUAACGUACCCAUUAUUCCUCCACUUUUUGCGUGGAAUACAAUUAUUAGAGAAUUCACCAAGAGCUCAGCUCCGAUUGAAUCAGUGAGGCUGUUCUCUCGGCUUCAAAGGGUUGGGCUUCAACCUGACAAUUUCACGUUCCCUUUUGUUAUAAAAGCCUGCGGUCAGUGCUUGAUUGUUGGAGAAGGUGGGGCGGUGCAUUCAAUGGUUAUAAAGGCAGGUUUCAACUCGGAUCGAUAUAUAGGAAAUACUCUUUUGAGAAUGUAUGCAGCUUUCAGCGUGAUCGGGCUUGCAAGGCGGGUGUUCGAGGAAAUGCCUGCCAGAGAUAUGGUUUCUUGGAGCUCCAUGAUUGCAGGAUAUGUUGCUUGCAACUGCCUGUCAGAUGCUUUUAAGGUGUUCCGACACAUGAAGCUAGCAAAUGAAAAGCCAAACUCAGUCACUUUGGUCAGCUUGCUUUCUGCCUGUACUCGUCUUCUCGAUAUCAGCAUUGGGGAGUCCAUCCAUUCCUACAUCAUCAUAAACCACAUCUCGUUGGAUGUUGCUUUAGGGACAGCUCUCCUGGAAAUGUACUCCAAGUGUGGGUAUAUUGAGAAAGCUUUCCAAGUUUUUGAUUCAAUGGAUGAGAAGAAUUUGCAGUCUUGGACAAUUAUGAUAUCUGGUCUUGCACAUAAUGGCCAUGGGCAAGAUGCUAUUUCAUUGUUUACUGAGAUGGAACAAUCUGGACUGGAACCAGACAGCAUGUCAUUUGCUGGGAUCUUGUCAGCUUGUAGCCACCUGGGUCUUGUCCAUGAAGGGGAAAAGUAUUUUGAUCAGAUGGUAAGAAUUUAUGAUAUCAAGCCAGCAAUGGAGCAUUAUGGAUGCAUGGUGGAUUUGCUUGGAAGAGCUGGGUUGAUUGAUGAAGCUUAUGAGAUUAUCAAGAAGAUGCCACUGGAGCCUAACUCAAUAAUAAUAAGGAGCUUCUUGGGUGCAUGUAAAACCCAUGGACGAAGCAUUUGUUUGGAUGAUUACCUGAGGAAAAUUUUACUUAAAUUAGAGCCUGAACUUGGAGCAAACUAUGUAAUUGCAGCUAAUGUAUCUUCUUUAUCUGGUCGCUGGUAUGAUGCAGCUGACCUGAGAGUGGCCAUGAAAAAGAAGGGAUUGAUGAAGGUUCCAGGGUGCAGUUGGAUGGAAGUAGAUGGAGGUUCUGAGGAAAUAAUUUUUGAAGAGGCUGUAGGUUAAUUGUGGACCUCUGGCCAAUCGAGUUAUAUUUAUAUGGGAAUCUGAUGAUUAUGCUAGGAAAGUAGGGAUGAAGAAAAAAUUUUAUGUGAGAGGGACAAGGACAGAUAGAUGAAUCACUGAUAUUGUUUUGAAGCUUGAGAGUUGUAUAGUUAUGUUCCCUUGUUUUGUGAAGGAGAGUUGUACUGCGGUGUUACUCCCACCCCAAAGUGCGUGUUUCUUAUCACACUAAUAUUUAAAAGUUAAAAGGGGUGAAUUCCUGGUUGAAUUAUCUUUGGUAACAAAGUGCUUGAGCUUCCAAGGAUUUUUGUUCUUGGUGACAGCCACAUCGUUAGCGUGGGAAUAUUUCUUAGUGAUAGUUCUUCUAAUUUGAUGCACUUAUUCCCAAGAAGCGGUGCAGCCUACAUACUGUUGUCAAUCUCAGCUUGUUGAGUGUAAUGAAAUACUCAUCAUUGUUUUCAAUAAAUAAAUUGAUUUCUCUGUAAUUUGGUAAAUGAACCAGGAUGUAAGACCUGCAAAAAUUUGCAAGAAGUAAGAUCUAAAUUUCUCAACAGUCCGUUUGGGCAAAGGGGUAACCAGGGACUAUUUCUAAUUUGUGCAGCAGAACUUUCAUGUAUAAUUUUUUUAUUUGAUUCACAUUUUGUUAGUUUUUAUUAUAGUAGUAUAAAGUUGUUGCAGUAUUGGAGAUUGGCAGGCCAAGCACAGGUGGACAUCAUGAUGUAUAAAAAUUCAGGUAAAAUCCUGCAGCAAAAGGUUGCCAGUUCUGUUCAUUUUCUGACAUGAGGAAGUGAAGUUUUGCAUGGCAUUGCCAGAAGUGCUUAGUGGCAUGGGUUGGAUAUGGCAAUACAUCUUGUCAUUUGUUAGUGUGUAGAGCUUUGAUCUAUUUAAGCAUGCGAAACAUCUCAUUACAUGCUCAAUAGAUAAUUGUCAAAGCAGCUAGAAGCUUGCAGGUACUGAACUCUUUCCUAUAUGCUGAGAAUAUUCUGAAGUUGGCAUAGUAACCCCAUAUGGGAUUCCUUUGAAAUUCUAGUAUUCUCCAUGCAUCCAUAUCAAUAAAUUAUUUGAUUGAUAACUGACUGAACUGUGCAUAGAAAUGCUAAAGUGAGAGUACUAAUUAAAUUCCACAAUCACAUGACUCCAAAUGAAUGAGUUAAAUCUAAGCUAAGGUGCAAUUGUUAAAUUAUUGCCCAUUGUUGUACAGUCCGGACAAAAGCCUCAAACUAUGACUCCUGUAGUUCAUCCUACUGGAGUUAAGAACUUAAGUGUGCAUAAAUCCAUCGAAUAAAAUACAAAAGUACAUCUGGUCCUCCUGUAUUAAUAUUAUUUAAUUUAUUCCCUUUAGGCCAUAUAUCCUUGCAUGUGUAUGUCUGAUAUUUCUUGACCCUUUUCACUCCCUACGCCUCACUCAGUACCCCCAAGCCCUUGUCCUAAUGGCCUCAUCCUCAAGAUCAAGAACGUCAAGUACUUUCGGCCUCUCAGACCACUGGCUACUAAUGGCAGCUACAAUAUGCAUCUGUGGAUUUCUGGGUUAUGUAAUUUAUGAUGCAAUAAUGGCUACAGCAUCCGAACUCUUGCAACGUUUGCUGGUAAUUUCCCCUCUGCUGCUAGUCAUUGCUGUUCAUUUGCUCUCCACAGGUAGCCAUCUUAGCCUCCCCAUGCCAGGGUCCGAGCCAGGUGCCAUCCACCGAGCCGGGGGCUCACCUUGGGGCGUGGCCUCUGUACUUCUGCUGCUUUUCUUUCUCAUAUCCUAUCAACCUUCCUUGCUUGGCCUUUUCUUCUAAGUAGAGCUCAUGUAUGUCCAUUCAGUAAUGUGUGCAUGUACUUUGGGUGCAUAUAUAUAAUAUUGUAGCCUUCUCCACCUUCCAUUUCAUUUCUAUGGAAAAUGAAGAGUGAGGAGAAGGAUUAGCUGCGCCUGCUAUUGCUAUGCUAGCAAAUUGUAAUCUUGAUCAGUACGGUUUUAUUUU